CCCCCACCAUCACUCGCAGCCUCACUUGACUCUGGCGCCGUCUGAGGGACCCCAAUACACAGUCCCAAAGCGCCAUUGGCAAGCUCGCCACCAUGUCUCAAUCACUGCGCCCAUACCUACAAGCUGUGCGCUCGUCGUUAACAGCCGCCUUGUCGCUCGCCAACUUUGCGUCCCAAGCCUCAGAGCGACACAAUGUCCCCGAGAUCGAGGCCGCGAGCUCCCCUGAGGUCCUGCUCAAUCCCUUGACCGUAUCGAGAAACGAAAAUGAGAAGGUCUUCAUCGAGCCAAGUAUCAACAGCGUCCGCAUAAGCAUAAAGAUCAAGCAAGCAGACGAGAUCGAGCACAUUUUGGUCCACAAAUUCACACGUUUCUUAACGCAGCGAGCGGAGGCAUUCUUCAUCCUCCGGAGGAAACCGGUCAAGGGCUACGACAUCUCUUUCUUGGUCACCAAUUUCCAUACGGAAGAGAUGCUCAAGCAUAAGCUUGUCGACUUCAUCAUUCAGUUCAUGGAGGAGGUAGACAAGGAGAUCUCGGAAAUGAAGCUCUUCCUGAACGCGAGGGCACGUUUCGUAGCCGAGUCAUUCCUUACUCCGUUCGACUGAGGAUAUUUAUGUGCUUUCUGACGGCUGUUUGAUGCGAAUGGGUUAUGAUUGGAGCAUAGCACUACUAAAGAGUGCCUUGGCGUUGGUGGCAUGCAGGUAAGAAAUCUAGGGAACAACCUUUUGGAACCCUAGGUUGGCUGCAGUGGAAAAUUAGAUAUUGAAGGCAACGGACGAGGUAAAUAUCUCAUAGCUCUACCCGUCUCAGAAUCACUUCGAAAAACCCGUGCCUAUACUCUCAAGAGCUGAAAAAGGCCGAACCAUCUUGCAUCUCACGUGAAAAUUUAUUUGUGUCGUGUUAUCAUCUCCUAAAUUUUCCGUAUUACCCCAGUCAAUUCUUAGCCCCUCGAAUAUGGCACUAUCCUGUUCCUCGAACUAGGCCUUAGAAAAGGUACUGGGGUUUCCCUGGUGGCUUUAUUCGUGCACCUCUAAUAAGUGCAAUCAACAAUUGGCGACUCAAGGGCUUUGGUAAUAUGCAAUGC